AUGGGCCGUCACAGCGUCAAGAAGCGCCUCUACCUCUCUCCCCCCGACCCCGACAUCGUCACCCGCCAAACCCACGUCACCCGCUACAUCCCCGAAUCCCCCUCCCCCUCCCCUCCCCCCGUCGAGUACAUCACCCUCCCGCCCCGUCCCCCGCCAGCAAUCAUCCAGCUCCCGCCUCCACCUCCACCCACGCUCCCUCCCGCUCCCAUGCCUCCUCCUUUUCCCGCGCCCGUCUACUCCCUACCCCCUCUGCGCCGGCCCUCACCACCUCCCCUGCGCCGGCCCUCCCCCGAGCCAGAGUUCAUCGAAGUCAUCGCCGUCAGCGAGGACGAAAAAGACGACAAGAAAAAGAAGAAGAAGAAGAAGAACAAGGACAAGCACCACCAUCGCUCCAAGAGCCGCUCCUCCAUCUCCAGCCAAUCCCGCAGCCGCAGCCGCAGCCACCACCGCCACCGCGACGACGACCAACUAUCCCGCUACCACGACCGCGACAGCCACCGCGAUCGCGACGUCGAGGAGUCGCGCGACAGAGAAGUCUACAUCGAGAGGGAGCGGUACAUUCCCUACCCGGUCCCCAUGGAGCCCCAGUACAAGACGUAUCGCUACGUCGAUGCUCCGCGCAGCCCCGCUCGACGGCGUGCGUCGCCCUCUCCGUCGCGGUACGUUGAGGAGGAUCGAGAGCGCGAUUACAUCCGUAUACAGGAUCGCGAAUACCGAUACGACUAA